CUACUACUACUACUACUACUAUAAUAAUGAAUGGGAUGGCAGUGUAUGAGUAUGUGUGAGCACAGGGAGGAUAGACAUACAUGAAUGCUAUUAGUGUUGCCCUCACUCUCAUUGAGUGUAUCUCCAGAACUAUGGAGUCAGUGAUGGUUUAGAAGGUAUUAAUGUUUUUUAGUGAAUGACAUGAAUGUUGUCCUUAAAUAACAUUGAAAUAAAUGAUUUGAAGACCAACUAUGUGUGACUUCUUGAGCUAUCAUCAACUGAAUGGUCAAUGGCUGUCAAUAAUCACAAUCAGAUACCGACUUACAGUUUGAGUGGUUGGCAAUCGUCGCGCACUAAAGUCAUGACCAACCAAUCGUCGGCCAACACUAUGACCAACAUAUCGUCGAUAUUUACGCGAAUCCAACAGUCACUAAGUGAGGCCAUGUCGACACCCAAAUUGGUGAUCGACAAGAGGACUAUCGAAAAGACAUGGAAAAUGAUGGACAAAGUGGUGAAACUAUGUCAACACUCGAAGAUGAAUCUGAAGAAUUCGCCGCCAUUUAUAUUAGACAUUUUGCCGGACACUUACCAACACUUGAGGACAAUAUAUACCCGACACGAGGACCGCAUGCAUGUGCUCAACGAUAAUGAAUACUUCAGGAUAUUCAUCGAGAAUCUAAACCGAAAGUGCAAACAAGCCAUCAAACUGUUCAAAGAAGGCAAAGACAAGAUGUUUGACGAGACGAGUCAUUACCGACGAAAUCUGACCAAAUUGUCUCUUGUCUUCAACCAUAUGUUGUCCGAACUGAAGGCCGUCUUUCCGAACGGCAACUAUGCGGCCGACAAUUUCCGGAUCACUAAAUCUGAUGCCAACGACUUCUGGAAGUCUGCCUUCGGAGAGAGAACCAUUAUCUCUUGGCGUGUAUUCCGACAAACCUUACAUCAGAUCCAUCCGAUUAGUUCUGGUUUAGAGGCGAUGGCACUAAAGUCAACAAUUGAUUUGACGUGUAAUGACUAUAUAUCUAACUUUGAAUUUGAUGUCUUUACGCGUCUAUUCCAGCCGUGGUCUUCAUUAUUACGGAAUUGGCAGAUCUUGGCGGUCACACACCCGGGUUAUGUGGCUUUCCUUACCUAUGAUGAAGUUAAGGCUAGACUACAAAAAUAUAUUAAUAAGCCAGGAAGUUAUGUCUUUCGGUUAAGUUGUACUCGUUUGGGUCAAUGGGCUAUCGGUUAUGUGACACCCGACGGCAAUAUCUUACAAACCAUUCCACAAAACAAGUCCUUAUGUCAAGCAUUACUUGAUGGUUAUAGAGAAGGAUUCUAUUUAUAUCCAGACGGUCGCAAUGUAAACCCAGAUCUAACGUGGGCUGUGAUGGCCACACCUGAAGAUCACAUCCGAGUAACACAAGAACAAUACGAACUUUAUUGUGAAAUGGGAUCAACGUUUCAAUUGUGCAAAAUUUGUGCUGAAAAUGAUAAAGACAUCCGUAUUGAGCCGUGCGGACACUUACUGUGCACACCCUGUCUUACUUCAUGGCAGGACUCUGAAGGUCAGGGCUGUCCAUUUUGUAGGGCAGAGAUUAAAGGCACUGAACAGGUAGUUGUCGAUCCAUUUGAUCCAAUGGGUCGACACACUGUUCGCAGCAAAGACGAUGCCAACAAUACAAGUAAUUUACUAGAUUUAGAUGACGACGAUAAUUGUUUUGAGGACCCAAGCACCUGGACGUCGUCACUGCAGACAUUGGCUCUCAAUCCAAGAAUAUCGGAUCACAAUCGAUCAGUAUCUCCUCAAUGUUCGCCACAAAAUUUAAGAAAACAAGUGAUACACCAAAAACUAUGUACAACUGUACCGCUAAUACCGGCGCCACCGAUACCACCGAGACGUCAGUCGCCAACAACAACACCGCAACAAUCACCCGGUGUUUCGCCAAAACAUACAAAUCAUUUUAAUACAAGAAUAAAAAUUUGCAAAACUUUAGUACCGAUAAAAAUAAAUGACGAUAAAAGAAAAGAAAAAAUUCAAAACAAUAACGAAAGUCGACUAAAAGCUGAUCCCAAACUACUACUUGAAAAAAGUACAAAAGUAAACCAUUUAUUAAGUGCACAGACAUUGAAUCCGUGUCAGUUCGGUACGUGGCCCGGAGCUAUCAAUACGGUUGUUCCCAUCAAUCAAAUCGGUGUCACACAGUCUGCAUCCACUUCGCCCACUAAUAUCAUCAUUAGUUCGCCACUAAUUCCAAGACAUCCGUUGCCACAAAAACCAAAGUCCGACAAUUUAAAUGAUAAUUUGAGUACAAAUACAACUGUAGUUACAUUUAAUUCACUCAAUGAAGAACACAGUUAUGCCAACACUGACCUCAAUGUCACUCGACGUAAUGAUUCAGAAGCCACUCAAAGCUCAUCCCUAUCGACAAAUAGCUCGUCUUCAUCGUCGCCAUCAUUAAUAUCAUCAAAAACCGAUCAAAAAAUUAUAUCACCAAUAAUAGCGUUGACAUCGGAUUCAUUAGAUAACAAUAUUAACGAAUCUGUUAGUUAUGUUAACUUACAUAUGGAUUAUAUUUCUCAACUAAUAUCUGAAGGCUAUUGUCGACAAUCGGUGAUCCGAGCCCUUGGAAUCGCUAAAAAUGACCUCCAAAUGGCCAGAGAUAUACUUCACGAGUUUGUCACCAAAAAUAAUCUAACAAAAUGA